UUACCACUAAAAAAUAAAAAAUCAUAUUCCCCUUUCUUUUGGCAGCAGCUCAGAUCAUCAGUUCCACGGAGCUCCUCCUCCUCCUCCUUCUGCAUCGUGGCACUGAUCACCCCUCAUACCGGGCUGCUUUGUUGUGAAUACAGCAGCGGCACCGUACUGCACGUACAACCAGAAGGUUAUGAGGAGGUUAUUCCGACUCUUGACUGCAGCAGGAUCUAUUCACAGUGAGAAAAAAAGCCCAGCUGCAGCAGUGAAACCGCUCAUCUGACAGCGGGAAGAGAAGCGAGGAAAGUGGCGUUUUUGCGCACUGGACGUUUUUUGCAUGCGUCUUUUGUUUUCUCCAUCUGUGCUGCAUCAAGGACAGAGAUAACAGGGCGAUACGAGGAUCCAUGAGACUUUGAUUAGGAUACCGCUUCAGUAUCACGGUUGUGUUUGGUUUCAGUUAUGGAUGCAGGGAGGCUGGAGCAGCAGGUGGCCAGUGUGGACAGAGGCAUCGCCUUCCUGAAGCAGGAGCACCUGGCCAUGCUGACUGGUCUGCAGCUGGAGAUCACACACCUGAAGAGGCGCUGUCAUGAGCUAAGCUGUGAGCUGGACUCCAGGUUUCCUGACAGAAACACAGAAGAGGAGGAAGCAGAGUUGGCAGCACGCUGUGAGGCUGCAGAGCGUCUCCUAGAGGACCAGCAGUGCAUGAUGCUAGCUGCGCGUGGGGAGCUGCGGGCUGGCCGAGCACGUGCAUCAGCACUUGGAAGAAGCCUCAGGGAAGAAGAGCGAUGCUUCCUGGAGGAACUCAAACGCCGCAGCCACAAGAUCACGCUGCUGAGUCGUGAACUGCAACGCCAAAAUGUCAUCACGACAAGCCUCUGCCAUGAGCUCCACACUGCACGCUUAAAACUGUUCCAGCAACGGCAGAGCACAGAGUCUGCUGCAGAGGGAGAGGAGGAACCCAGAAGUGAGGAGGUAGAAGAAGGAGAGGAAGAAGAGGAUGAAGAUGAAGAAGAGGAGGAGGAUGAAGACUAUGAAGGGGAGAGCUCAGACUGGCUUCUGUCGCCCCCUCCUCCAGUCUCUCCCAGCCAACCAGAAGCAAGACAUAAAAAGCGUGUCAGUGUGAGGGAGGAAAGGGUUAGAGCUUGCAUCCCUCAGGAGAGAGUGACAUCACCACAGAGGCCACACCCCAUGCCUGACCCCGCCCUCUUCUUGGUGCCGCUCAGAUAUCGCCUUCUUCGCUUGAACCAACCAAUCAGAACACAGGACGGAGAGGGGCUGGAGGACGAGUGGGAGGAUAUAGAGGACAGCAGGGUACACAGGAGGGUGGACAUGGGAGCAGGAGAGGGAGAAACUGCUCUGUGAUGAAGAUAAAAGAGACAAAGUUGUCUUCCAGCAGGUCUCGGCCAAGAUCACUCAACAUCGGAUGCAGUUAUUCUAGAAAAAGCUUAAUGAGAGAGAUGUAACUUGUGAUUGUUUGUAGAUUUCAGGAAGUGAGUUAGAUAUUUAGAGUUAGGUGCACAAGAGUGUGUGAUCAAACCCCAACACAUAGACAUAUUAACUGAAUUUACCACAUUGAUGGUAAACAUGUACUUUGGGAGUGUGAAGAAAUGAGUGGACUGAUAAUGCGACUGUUUCAUAUGAAUGCCUUUUGAUUUCAACACUGUCAAUCACGGCUUUUGCCUGUAAUUAGUAGCCUUGCCUCUGGGUGUAUGAACUCUGACACCUUACUAUUCAAAGUGGCAAUCUGCUUUUGCACUGUACUAGCCGUAUUCCAGGUUUGGAAAGUCACUCUCUACGGCUUAGGGACAUUUUGUAUGAUUUGCACUUUAUUAAAUUCAUGCAAUGUGCCUAGUAAGCGCAGUGAAGUACUUCUGGUGUCAUGUUGUCUGUUUUCAUUGUUUACGUUUUUAGUAAGCCUUUGUGCGGCAUCCAUGGCUGUGAAGUGAAGCCAAUGCAG